AUGCUCUGCGCUGGCCUGUCAUGUGUAGCUUCUCAUGGCAGCGCAGCACUGCCUCGAGCAGCAACAAAGCGACCAGACCCAGUACUGCAGGAACUCCUUGCGGAGGAUGUGGUGGUUACAGACGUGCUACGCCCCUGGGCCGCAACCUGGGCCUCGCAGCCGCGGCUGGCCACUGCCUGCCUCGCGCGAGUGAACUCCUGGCGCCUGGCGCUCGCGGUGCUGCAGGCCAUGUUCGAGCUGAAGGUAGAGGUCAGCGCGUUCCAUGGGAACGCCGUGCUGAAGGCGUGCCCCUGGCAAGAGGGCAGCGCGCUGCUGCUGGGCCUGGCAGCUGCUGCCGUGCAGCUGGACCACAUCUCAUUCUCCGUGCGCGGGGGCACGGACUGCCCAUGGCCUCGGGCGAUCGCCCGGCUGCAGGCUAUGGCCAAGCUCUCCAUCCGAUGCGACGCCCAAGCGCUGAGCAGCGCCACGGGAACAGGCCCAUGGCAGCUUUCAUUGCGCCUCUUCCGGCUCAACCUUGCCGUGGAGGACCAGGUGGCCUUGGGCAGCUGCGUGCAAGCCUGCGGCACUGCGGCUUGGCCUUGGGCGCUGUACCUCGGCCAGGCCGCAAGGAGCUCCGUCACCUUCACCUCUUUAGUCACCGCCUGCGGCGCCGCUCUGCGCUGGGACGCCGCGCUGCAGCUGUGUGGCGCACGCCUGCGGCGCCUCGAUUUGAGCCACGUCACGGCCAACUGCGCCCAGGGCGUGGCUGGCGCGGCAGGGCAGUGGCGAUACACUCUGGCGCUGUUGAGGCCUGACCGCAUUAGCUUCUCUACUGGCGUCAGCGCUUGCGGCGCGGUGCUCGCCUGGCCGCAAGCGCUGCACCUGGCCUUCCGCGCCACUCCCCGCGCCAACGCGCUGGCCGCCAGCGCCUGCGAGCGCGCCCGGCGAUGGCAGCUUUCCCUGGCACUGCUGGGACAAAGCCGGCUGCCCAAAGCAGAGUCGCCGGAAGCGCUUGCUCGCGCAGCCUGGGCCCUUGCCAAGGACCCGGAAACAGCGAGGCCCACUUCCGGCGGAUUCGCCGGAGCGCUGGGCCGAGCCCAUGAGCUGGCGCGCCAGGCGGCGCGCAAGCUGGAGGCCUUCAAGGCAACGGAGCUCGCCAGCCUGCUGUGGUCGCUGGUGUCCAUCACCUGCGUAGACCGACCGCUGGUGGUUCAAGCCUUCCAUCGCCUCAGCGAGUCAGACACGCUGCAGCGGCUGUCCCUGAAGGAGCUUGCGGCACUGGCCAUGGCCGCAGCGAGCUGCAGCUUUGACCAGGACAUGGACCCCAAGCUUUUGUCCUGCGCCUUUGCGGCGCUGCAGGCGGAGCUGGCGAGACGGGUGGGUGCCAUGGCUUUGCCGGCCAGCCCUGCCAUCCUCCAGGAUAUUGCCGCCCGGGUUCUGGACAUCCUUUGGGCCUGCCGUUUCGCGAGCGCGCUGAGCACGCGAGCGCUUUUUGCCGCCAGGACGCUUCUCCAAGACAUCAGCGAUGCUCUCAGCUCGGACCGCGCGCUCGCCACACUGACCGGCAGCCCAGCACGCCGCCCAGGCCUCAGCGGUGCUCCUGAGCUGGUCCUUGAUUUGGGAGACAGAUGCGUGGUGCACAAGCCCCCCUCCUUCUGGCAGGUCGAUGAUGGGAAAGACGAGCCGGAAGACCAAGCUCUACGGCUUUCGCAGUUCACCCAGGCACUGCUCCCACCACGGCAGUGGCCGCUGCUGAGCGACCUCCGGCAUGGCAGAGGAUUCCUCCACCGCCUGGACAUCCCGACCUCGGGCCUGGUGCUGGUGGCCAAGACCCACGCCGCCUUCUACGACCUGAGGCUGCAGCUGGCAUUGGGCCAAAUGCAGCGGGAGUACUGCGUCCUCGCCCACGGCGCGGUUGGCCGCGGCCGGGAGCUUCGUUGCCGCGUGCACUGGUUCGGCAACGGCCGGCAGGCGGGCAGCGUGGUGGCGCCGGCCGGGCGCGUGGCGCUGUCCCGGACGAAGCUCGUGGCGACCGGGACUCGCCAAGGCGAAGCCUUCAGCCUGAUGGGCAUUCACAUCGUCACGGGGCGGCAGCACCAGAUUCGGCUGCAGAUGGCACACACGGGUCAUCCCAUGGUGACGGACAAGAGAUACUUCUCCAUGGAGAAUUGCUUUCAGGAUAUGCGGUGGUGCCGUCGGAACUUCCUGCAUCGCUACCGCUUGGCCAUGUUCAGUGGCGACGCCCGGGCGGAGGUCUACGAGCCAUUGCCCGCAGACCUCCAAGCCGCCCUAAAAGAGGUCACUCACAUGGCGCAUCAGUGGCAGGACGUGGCCCAGCGGCCCUGGGAAGAGUUGGAAGAAAGGGAGCUGCUGGCAGCCCUGCUCUCGAUUCUGCGACUGCACGGAGACGCGGCGCUGCCGGCGUCCUUGGCGGGCGAUGAGCUGCGACGGUUACAUCCCGAGCUUUGGAAGCGGUGGAAGGCACGGUCCACCGGCGGCAGCUUGUUGCAAACGUGUGCUGCAGCCAACGAAUUUGGCAUCUUUGUGGAGGAGAAGGCAGUUGGCGCAGACCGCUCCGCGUCUCAACGCGGCGAGCCUUUGAUUCGAUGCGAGACCAGAGACGCGCCUUGCACAGAAGGUGGCGCUGGCUCCUGUGCGGACCCGCAGAUUUCCGAAGAUCUAAAGCAGGCUGUGAUCCGGCGCAUGGGUCGCCAUUCGAGCGCCGAAGCCGAAUCCGCGGACUCCGUGCCCAUCGCUUGGCUGGUCAUCGCGUGCGAGAAGGCGCUGCUGCGGCACAUCCGCCUGCUGCCUCGCUACGAGCGGGAGGCCAAGGAUCUUCCACCUGAGCUCGACCUCACAGACACCACCACGGUGACCUCUCAAACUUCCAAGGCUCUUCGAAAGAAGCGCAUGGCUUUGCGUUUGGUCGCCUUCUUGCACCACCACCGGCCCCUUUUCGCCUAUAGCUCGCAAAGCGGCGACCCCCUGGACGGCUUCGCCGCAUAUCACCCGCAGGCUUCAGCACCUGCCCUCACCUCGGGCCCCCCGGGGCCCCCGGGGCCCCCGGCAUCGCCGGGGCGGCCCACGGCUGUGGGCCAGGGGCGCCGCGCCUGGCGGCGCCCAAAGCCCAAGCCGCGGAGCGCGGAGGAGCUGCAGUUGCUGGCGGCCGGUCAUGAGUGUUGGGUGGUGUUGCUCCGGAACCAGGGCUCCCGCAGCAAGGAGGCACAGGUUAUGGCCAUGGAGUUCCACUGUGCAGCAGCGGCGGCCGGCGUGUCUUCUGACCAGCUGCAGGAGGUGGCGCCUGGCCUAUUCCUGCUCCACGGCUUCGAUCAAACCGCGUCCUUCGCCUCGGCGGCGCUGCGCCGCGCGCCUUUGCGGCUUUUGGGGGCCUUCGGCAGCGCGGAGGCGCUGGUGCAGCGGGUGCCGGAGGUCCUCCGCGGCUACAGCUCCUGGUGGCUCAGCCUGGAGCUCCGCGAUGCUCCGCUGGACGCUGCCGCGCUGCCGCUGCGCAGUUCGCCCAGCGCCCAGGUGGCCCUGGCGGCUGCGGCGGCGGCGGAGGCGGCGCCGGCGAAGCUGAGGCGCUCGGAAGGCUCGAGGCACCUGGAGCUUUUGGUCCUUGAGGCGGAGGGCACUUUGCUCCUCACCCAGGCCAUUCUCCCGGAGUUGGAGGAGAGCUGGCAAACCGCCUGGGUGAGGAGGCGCUUCCACUUCUCCGCGGGCCUAGACGUCUACGUGGCCUCCGCCGUGGUGUCUCUCGCGCAGAUGGAGGCCAAGCGCCUGGAGUUGCCGGAGGGCCCCUUCCUCGAUGCCUGCUGUGGCAGCGGCACGCUCAGCGCCGCAGCGGCCAAUGCCAAGUGCUUCACCCAGGUCAUCGCCUGCGACGUGGAUCCUCAGUUCUUGAGCCGUGCGGCCGAGAACUUCGAGAUGCUGGACGCGCCGCCGAAGGUGGAGCUCCACGACGCCCGGCGGCCCUUCGCCCCUCUCGGGUCGCACGUCCCGCGGGUCGUGGCGGCCAAUCCGCCGUGGGGCUGGCGCAUUGGUCACGGCGAAGAUCUCGCCCGGGAGAUCGCCACGAAUUUGAUGCGGGAAUUCCCGGCUAGUGUCCUGGCCUUCGUUUGCCCGGAGCUGCCGGAUCCCAGCUGCCACCAGCUGACUUGGAGCUGCGCGCUGGGCCAAAGCGCCGUGUGGAUCCUCGUGCCUUGCCCGGACGGGGGAAAAGCGGGGCGAGACUCAGUGCGCCGGUUCGCCGGGACGGUGGACGAAUGCCAGGUGGACGGCCUUGUGCGUGCGCGUAUCGGGCCCGGCCUGGUGCUGAUGAUGGGCUUCAGGGAAGGUGAUCAGUACGAUGAUCUGAAGGCAGUGGCGCAGAAGGUUGCGAAGCUGCAGCUCUGGACAGAUGUGGCAGGCGAAGAAAUCGACGACAGCCAGCCGAAGCUGGUAGAUGUCAUGGAUUCCGGCUUCGAGGUCCUGGUUGUGCUGCAGCAGUCGCUGUGCACCAGCUUCCCAUCACUCACGCCCUGCCAGAAGAAUGCCAUGCCCCAGGAGGAUGCGCAGCGCUUGGUCCAGGACUUUGUGCGGCACCUUCGAGCCGCAUACCAGAAGGAGAUGGUGUUGGAUGCGCCAGCUGGACAGGUACGGAUAGACACGACGGCUGAAGGCACCGGGAUGUUCGACCUGUCCUGCCUCGCGCCAACUGACGCAGGCGCUCGGUCUCCAAAAGAAAUUCCAGCGGCAGCUGUCAGCAAGCCUCCGCCACUCAAAGCGGACGUGGCCUCUGUGACUCGAGCACUACGUCAGAUUCAGGGCAUGUCGAGGAGCAAGCAAGCGCUGGCAAGCAUACAGCUGACGAAGAUCAUGGGCCUGGCCAAGUUCCGGGAGUCCCUCUCGGAGGUGGACCAGGCGGGGGCGGAUAGCUUCGCAGAGGCGCUGGAGCAAGCGGCGCCUUUCUUCACCGAGAGGCAGCAGGAGCAGAUCUCAGAAUGGACCGGGCUGUUCAUGAGCGCUGAGCCGCUACCUCCAGUCAAGGCAAAGACCGAGACCAAGGCCAGCGGGAUGGGCUGGAUGAGCUCCGUGAUGCCUCCAAUGCAGCGGCUUCUGGCCACCUGGCCUCAGGGCUUUGGGCGCUAG